AGAACAAGUGUUCGUAUGCUAAGUGUGGAGAAUGAGAUGGAAAUGUUUGAAUUUUGAUUUUUUUUUUAAAUUAAAAUGAAGAAAAUUUUAAACGCAAAUGAUUUAUUUUUCAUUUCAGAAAAAGUAAAAAUUUUCGAUUUUCCCACGAUAUUUCGAAUUUGCGUUGCAAAUUUAUCAUUUACACAAUUCCGAUACAUUCGAUUUGUGGUGAAAAUGAAUUUGGUGAGAUGAACGAAGGAGAAGGAUAGAGGCAAAGCAUCGCAAUGGAGACAAACGUCAAACGCACGCAUUUAUUUGACACAUUGUUGAUAAAAACGAAAAACACGUGAAUUCAAAACGAUCAACAACGAAUAUAGCAUUCGGUUCAAGUUCAUUGAAAUUGUGUAGUUUUUGGUUUGUGAUAUAAUUAGAUUUUGAAUUUGAGAGUUUGAAAGAACGAUAUCAUGUCAGCGGCAGAAGGGAAUUCGAUUGAAAAUACAAUGGAAACAAACAUUGAUAAGACAAACACAGGUCCAUCCAUUGAUCAGUCGGAGGAAAACAAAACACAAGAAAUUGCAAAUACAAUCAAAAUUGACUCGACACCAAGUCACAGUUCAAAUCAAUUCAGUGCCGAAUCAAUUCCAUGUGAAAUGGAAGUAAUUAAAACAUCACCAGAGACGAAAUCUGUUGGAAUUGAAUCUGUGAAACCGACUGAAAUGGAAGCAGUGUUUGCAGUAGAUUCAAACACAGUGAAUGAAGCAGCUACAGAAUCAGUGACUGAAACACCUACAGAGCCUGUGAGUGAAGCCUCACCGAUUGAUAAUCAACAAAAGAGCAAAGAUGAAGAAGUGCAACAGACAACAGAAAUGGACUCUCAAAAAGGUCCAGUCGAUGGAAUUCAACAACAGGAAAUUGUCGAUGAAAAAUCGACCUCAAUCAACAAAGAAACAGGUGAAAAUGUUACGAAUAUGGAAACUCAAGAUUCAGAAAGCAAAUCAAAGGCAGCAACAUCAAAAGCCAACAAGUCGAUUGGAUCAUUGGGGUUGCUGAACCAAUAUAACUCGUCAUCGGAUGAGAAUGAAGACAGCUCUAGUAGCGAUGAUGACGGAGCCAGUGCAGACAGCGAAAGUGAAUCCGAUGACACAGACGAUUCAAGCAAUAAUGAAGUUCUAGGAACACCAGCAGUCAACGAAAGCGAACUAAACACAUUGGCCAAUAAUAUAAUGAACAACGUGAUGUCAAGGCAAAACUAUCGCGAAGCAUCAUCCGAUUCAUCGUAUACCGAUGAUUCCGAUGUUGAGUGCAUUGGCACCAUUCCAGCCCAAACAAUUGACAUGACAAAUGACGAAGAGAUUCAGGCAUUUCUUGAGUCAUGUGAAGAAAACACACAGGGACCAAUGAAAACAAAAGGUGAAUUGGGUAUGGAUGAUUUGCCACCGAUCGCCGAGCUAACCAUUACUGUGCCAGAGUCAGAGUGUGUUGAAUUGGGCAACAUUUCGGGCAUUGUCGAUACUUUGGUGCUUGUCGAGUCGAAACCCGGAUUUGCUGCCGUCGACAUUGACACCGUUCUCUUUCUUGAGAAAGGGAAUCGAACGUUGGGUCAGGUCUUUGAUGUUAUGGGCAAUGUGGCAUCACCGAUUUACUGUGUACGUUUCAACACCACCCAGGACAUAACCGCCAAAAAUAUAACCGUUGGUCUGAAAGUAUACGUAGCGCCGCAGACCGAGUACACGAAUUUCAUUGUGCUAUCGAAUUUGAUGAAGGAAAAAGGCUGUGAUGCAAGUUGGGAAAAUGACAAUGAAGCGCCGGAUGGCUGCAAUGAAUUCUCUGACGAUGAAGCAGAGCGUGUAAAUCGACGGGCACAAAAUCAGCGACAACGAAAUAAAAAUCGACCAUCCGAAUCGAGUGACCAAUUGCCGAACAAAGUGACAGUAAAAUCGGAGCCAAAUGUUUCGAAUCACAAAAGUAGACGGCCCAAAUUCAAUCAUCGUACAAAACACACCGACAAACCACCGCAACGAUUCUACAAAGACAAUCGUGGCUAUGCAAAUCCUGAUGCAAGCAAUUUCUAUCAUCCUCAUCAGCGAAUGCAACCGGCUCACCACAAUUACAGUUGGCACACAGCCGCAAUGCAUGGCAUGCCGCCAGCAUCAACUAGUUCACAGCCGAUGCAUUCGUAUGCACCGCCGUACGGUCCACCAAAUCACGGCCAUAGACCUGCUAAUGUAUAUCCAAAUCCAUUUGCAAUGCCACCAAAUUACGGCGGUCCAUUCAAUUUACAAGCAUUUCCACCAUUACCACCUCCGAUCAGCUUAAUUCCACCACAUCAUCAACCGCCACAACUUCAUCCGCCACCGUCACAAUACAAUCGCAAGAAAUCCGGCUCAUUUCAUCACCAACAACAAUAAACGCUGAACAAAAGAAAUCAUUCACUUAUUGUGAUUGGCAUAAGGUUUUUUUUUUGUGCCGGGAUCGUGCGUCUUUGCGCGGUACAUUGCAAAUUACAAAUAAUUCUCGCUCUACUUGUUUUUUUUUCUCUUUAUUUUGCUCGGUUAAAUCAAAAUCAUUUUUAUUAAUCAGAUCAUACAAAUAAAAUCUAUUGUACGAAAAACAAA